UUCCCGACUUGGUGCGCGAGACGUGGAUGAAGGAGCAGCGCGAGCGGAGUUGAAGCCGAUGCAACAGACUGCUGGACUGUUACUCUUCCCUGACUUGUGGGACACAAAACAGAAGAAAAAGCAGGAAACGUGAAGCCAGAAGUUCACGAGCUUGGAUUUUAGUCUGGUCGGAGUUGGAGGAGACGGACCGUCGACACCAAAAGGCAGCGACCUCUCAUCAUGCAGCACUACGGGGUGAACGGCUACUCUCUGCACGCCAUGAACUCCCUCAGCGCCAUGUACAACCUGCACCAGCAGGCCGCUCAACAGGCGCAGCACGCGCCAGACUACCGGCCAUCAGUGCACGCGCUCACGCUGGCCGAACGACUUGCUGACAUCAUCUUAGAGGCUCGCUACGGCUCCCAGCACCGCAAACAGCGCCGGAGCCGCACGGCCUUCACCGCACAGCAGCUGGAAGCGCUGGAGAAGACCUUCCAGAAGACCCACUAUCCGGACGUGGUGAUGAGGGAGCGCCUCGCCAUGUGCACCAACCUCCCCGAGGCCCGAGUGCAGGUUUGGUUCAAAAACCGCAGAGCAAAGUUCCGCAAGAAGCAGCGCAGCCUCCAGAAGGAGCAGCUUCAGAAGCAGAAGGAGGUGUCGGGAGAAGGAACGAGUGAGAAGGAGGAUGUACCUCCCUCAGCCACCAUCCUCCCUGAUACCCAGGUCCCUCCUUCCUCCUCCUCCUCCUCCUCCUCCUCUUCGUUGGAGACAGAGGGUCCUGCAGUUCGUCCUGUUCUUCUGGACAUGGAGCUAAACGUUACCUCAGCGGAGCAUUCGGGCAGCGAGUCGGCAACGGAGGAUAAUGUCACAGAUAAGGAAGAUGAGAGUAAACCUCAAACAGAAGAGAUGAAGUGUGAGAGGGCGCCAACGCCUGGGGACACCUCCCCAGUUUGCAAAAGACUCAGCCCCAAACCAGAUUCUCCCUUGGUCUCUCCAUCAGUGACACCCUCCUCCUGCUCCAGCAGCAGCCUGGCCAACAGUGCUCCUCUCUCCCAGAGCCACUCUUACUCUUCUUCCCCUCUCAGCCUGUUCCGCCUGCAAGAGCAGUUCCGCCAGCACAUGGCUGCCACCAACAACCUGGUGCACUACCCAGCCUUCGACCUUGGUGCUCCCUCCUCCCUUCCCUACUUGGGAAUGAAUGUCAACAUGCCCCCUGCUCCACUGGGCUCGCUGCCCUGCCAGUCCUAUUACCAGUCCCUGUCCCAUCACGCCCAGCAGGUGUGGAACAGUCCGCUGUUGCAGGCAUCAGCCGCAGGCGGCCUCACCAGCCACAGCAGCAAGACCACAAGCAUCGAGAACUUGCGUCUGAGGGCCAAACAGCAUGCCGCCUCCCUGGGACUGGACACGUUGUCUAACUGAGAUAAUGACUGCUUGGAGGCCAGUGUAAACUAGGCCAGAGCCUCGGCCAUCACCUACUGCAUGUCUCUGUGACUGUGAUAGAUCUUUAGGAACCAUUAACGCAGCUCUACGCCAGUAACUGAGAACAUUCAUUCAUUCAUUCAUUAUCUGUACCGCUUUGUCCAUUAAGGGUCGUGGGGAAGCUGGAGCCUAACCCAGCAUUU